AUAAUAUAACCCAACAAGCUAUAGCUCAAAAAAGGGCCAACCAUGGCCACACAUCUCCGCCUCAACCUCGCCGUUAUGCCGAGCACCACCUCCAAAUCAACGGCGAAGCCGAGAUACCAGACAGUUAAAAUUCGCUGCAUAGGAUGGGACCCAGAGGGCAUCCUGGGAGCACCAAAAGCCGGGCACAUAGCGAGGCUCGAGUUCAAGAAGCGCCUCGAGAAGGACGCCGAUGCACGAGAAGCUUUCGAGCGCCAGGUGCGCGAGGAGAAGGAGCGCAGGAAAGCCCUUCGCGAGUCUCGGGUGAUACCGGAUUCUAAGGAGGGAUUGGUCGAGUAUUUGUUAGAUACAGAGGCUCAGGAGAUUGAGUUCGAGAUUGCAAGAUUAAGGCCUCGAUUGAAUGAGGAUUUUUUCUCUCAUCUGAAGAUUGAGCUAGGAAAACUAAGGUUUGCUGUAUCCAAGACCCAGGAUAUGGAAGACAGAGUAAUCGAGCUGGAAACUCUGGAAAAAGCACUGCAGGAAGGAAUAGAAGCAUAUGAUAAGAUGCAAUCCGACCUUGUAACAGCAAGAAAAAGCUUGAUGAAGCUUUUAACAUCAGAUGACAUCAAGGCAACUCUCUUAGACAUGGUUGAGCAGAAUGAGCUGAAUAGAUCGUUGUUGACUCUUCUCGAUGAAAAUAUUGCUAAUGCGUAUCAGGGAAAUCAGACGCAGGCUGCAGAAUAUAUGGAAAAGAUUCGUGGAGCCAUGCUCAAGUAUAUAACUGUUUGAUUUGAUUCGACUGUUGGUACAUAUGUACAACUCUUUCAUUCUUCUCGUAGAAUUUUCAAUAUUCUCAAUUUUGCAAGUGGCAUUUACCUUCUUCACUGACUAUGUAUGCUAUAAGUGAUAUUCAAUUCGAGAAACAUAACAUAAUUGAGCCUACUUUACAUGUGAUAUUCAUUUCAAGAAACAAAACAAUUGAGCCUACUUUUAUGUUUUAUUUCGUGCCUAAGUUG